CCAAUCCCAAACCCCACCCCAGACCGAACAAAAGUUUCCCAAUUGUUUGGUUUCCGCCCGUAGUAGCCGACGUUCCGCCCCCGACACCACACACACACACACACGCUGCUGAAGCCUCAACCCUUCUUCUUCCACACAAACCUCUCUCUCUCUCUCUCUCUCUCUCAACCCAAAACCCUAAUCUCAGAAAAUGUUCCACAAAUCUCUCAAACUGAACUGACAUCAAACACUCACUCCCUCACUCAGUCUAACCACCAUGCCUUACUCUUCAAUCUUCAUUCACAACUACCUCAGAACCUGCCCUUACCUCACCAUCUCUCUCCGACAACCCAAACCCACCCUCCUCUCUCCACCACCCUCCUCUCUCCACCUCCGUCGCCGCUUCCAUUUUUCCCCUAAAACCACCACUCUUCUCCGCCCCCAACCGCCGCCGCCGUCGCGGUUGUUCCACCCCGUCCGCUGCCCCCGCCUGAGUUCCGCCUUUGCUGUCUCUUGCUCGGCGGCUCCGACUGGUCGCUCUACUCUGGUUUUUAAGCAGCAGAGCGAUGCUUGUUUUCCUAAUUUUUAUAAUCAGAGCUCGUGGUAUGGUCGGCUGGCCUACGAUGAGUAUGCUUCUGAGGAUUCUGAUGGGGAAAUCGAGCCUCGGCAAUUGUGCGCUUCAACCCUUGAUAACAUUGAGGAGUGGAAGUGGAAGUUAACCAUGCUUAUGCGUGACAAAGAUGAACAAGAAGUGGUGUCGAGGGAGAGAAAAGAUAGACGUGAUUUUGAUCAACUCUCAGCAAUGGCAACCAGAAUGGGUUUAUAUAGCCGCCAGUAUUCAAAAGUAAUUGUUAUAAGUAAGGUCCCACUGCCGAAUUACAGAUCUGAUCUGGAUGAUAAGCGUCCACAGAGGGAGGUUGUCUUACCUCUCGGGUUACAAAGAGAAGUAGACUCCCAUCUUAGAGGAUACAUUUCUAGCAAGUCUGUCAACAAGGAAAACUUUUCAGAUAAUACCUUUUCUAGAUCAAGCAGUAGCAGCAGUCUUGUUUCUGAUGGAGUUCAUGAGCAGGAGGAGCCUGUGAUACGGAACAGCAUUGCAGCAGAGAAGAUCCUUCAGCGCAAAAGCUUGCAACUGCGCAAUAGGCAACAACAUUGGCAGGAAUCUCCGGAAGGCCAGAAGAUGGUAGAAUUUCGUAGAAGUCUCCCAGCAUAUAAAGCGAGAGAUGCAUUAUUAAACUCCAUUUCACAAAAUCAGGUGAUGGUUGUAUCUGGUGAAACAGGAUGUGGUAAGACCACACAACUUCCUCAAUACAUCUUGGAGUCUGAAAUUGAAGCUGCUCGUGGAGCUGCCUGUAGUAUUAUUUGUACUCAGCCCAGACGUAUUUCUGCUAUGUCAGUUGCCGAAAGAGUUGCUGCAGAGCGAGGAGAGAAUCUUGGAGAAUCUGUUGGUUAUAAAGUACGGUUAGAGGGAAUGAAAGGAAGGGAUACUCGCCUUCUUUUUUGCACCACCGGCAUUUUGUUAAGGAGAUUGCUUGUUGACAGAAACUUGAAAGGGAUAACUCAUGUGAUUGUUGAUGAGAUUCAUGAACGUGGGAUGAAUGAAGAUUUUCUCCUUAUCGUCCUAAAGGAGCUCCUUCCUCGUCGGCCAGAAUUGAGGUUGAUUUUGAUGAGUGCAACCCUGAAUGCUGAGCUUUUCUCCUCAUACUUUGGUGGUGCUCCUAUGAUCCAUAUUCCUGGCUUUACGCACCCAGUUCGAAGUCAGUUUCUGGAGAACAUUUUGGAAAUGACUGGGUAUAGGCUAAAUCCAUAUAAUCAAAUUGAUAAUUAUGGUCAAGAAAAGAAGUGGAAAAUGGAGAAACAAGCUAUCAGAAAGAGGAAGAGCCAAAUUGCUUCAGCUGUAGAGGAUGCACUUGAAGCUGCUGAUUUUAGGGAAUAUAGUCCACGAACUCGGGAAUCUUUAUCCUGUUGGAAUCCAGAUUCAAUUGGCUUUAAUCUCAUUGAACACGUGCUUUGCCAUAUUAUUAAAAAGGAAAGGCCUGGUGCUGUUUUGGUGUUUAUGACUGGUUGGGAUGAUAUAAAUUCUUUGAAAGAUCAGCUCCAAGGUCAUCCACUCUUGGGAGAUCCAAGCAAAGUUUUGCUGCUUGCAUGCCAUGGUUCCAUGGCUAGCUCUGAGCAGAGGUUAAUAUUCGAUAAGCCUGAAGAUGGAGUUAGAAAAAUAGUUCUGGCCACUAACAUGGCUGAGACAAGCAUCACAAUUAAUGAUGUGGUCUUUGUGGUUGACUGUGGAAAGGCGAAAGAGACAUCAUAUGAUGCUCUGAAUAACACUCCAUGUCUGCUUCCUUCAUGGAUCUCAAAGGCUUCCGCUCGGCAGAGAAGAGGUAGAGCUGGUCGUGUUCAACCGGGCGAGUGUUACCAUCUCUAUCCCCGAUGUGUAUAUGAUGCUUUUGCUGAUUAUCAACUUCCUGAACUUCUAAGGACACCGUUGCAGUCUCUAUGCUUGCAAAUCAAAAGCUUACAACUUGGGAGUAUCUCCGAUUUCCUAUCAAGGGCCUUGCAGCCACCAGAGCCUUUAUCUGUUCAAAAUGCGAUUGAAUAUUUGAUGAUCAUUGGGGCUUUGGAUGAGAAUGAAAAUCUAACUGUUCUAGGACGAAACUUGUCAAUGCUUCCAGUUGAGCCCAAACUGGGGAAAAUGCUCUUAUUAGGAGCUAUUUUCAACUGCCUAGAUCCAAUGAUGACUGUUGUUGCUGGUCUAAGUGUCAGAGAUCCAUUCUUGAUGCCAUUUGACAAGAAGGAUCUUGCAGAGUCCGCAAAGGCCCAGUUCUCUGCCCGUGAUUAUAGUGACCAUCUUGCUCUUGUCCGGGCUUAUGAUGGUUGGAAAGAUGCUGAAAGACGUCAAUCUGGUUACGAGUAUUGUUGGAGAAAUUUUCUUUCUGCACAAACUCUGAAAGCGAUUGACUCCCUUCGGAAGCAAUUCUUUUUUUUGCUCAUGGACACUGGUCUGGUUGAUAACAAUACAGAAAUGUGCAACGCAUGGAGCCAUGAUGAGCAUCUAAUCCGAGCCAUCAUCUGUGCUGGUCUGUUCCCUGGCAUAUGCUCUGUUGUGAACAAAGAGAAGUCUAUAUCAUUGAAAACAAUGGAGGAUGGUCAGGUACUUCUGUACUCGAAUUCUGUGAAUGCCCAGGAACCCAAAAUUCCAUACCCUUGGCUGGUUUUCAAUGACAAGGUUAAAGUGAAUUCAGUAUUUCUCCGGGAUUCAACUGCGGUAUCUGAUUCUGUUCUUCUCUUAUUUGGAGGAAAAAUUUCUAGAGGCGGCCUGGAUGGACACUUGAAAAUGUUGGGAGGAUACUUGGAGUUUUUCAUGAAACCUUCCUUGGCAGAUACAUAUCUAAGAUUGAAGAAUGAGCUUGAAGAACUUAUUCAAAUGAAACUUUUGAAUUCCAAGCUGGAAAUAAAAAAUCACAAUGAGCUUCUGUCAGCGGUAAGACUAUUGGUAUCAGAGGAUCAAUGUGAAGGUAGAUUUGUUUUUGGUCGCCAGGUACCAACAUCUUCAAAAAAGAUCACAAAAGAGAUGCUGCCAAGCACGCCCUUGAGAAGUAUUGAUGGUGGUGGUGAUAAUUCCAAGAACGAGCUCCAAACAUUGCUUGCCAGGGCUGGACACGGAGCACCCACCUACAAAACAACCCAACUGAAAAACAACAAGUUUCGUUCUACUGUGAUUUUUAACGGAUUGAACUUUGUUGGCCAGCCUUCCAACAAUAAGAAACUUGCAGAAAAGAGUGCAGCGGCUCAAGCUCUACAAUGGUUGACAGGUGAUGAAACUCGGUCACCUCAGAAAACUGUUGAUCAUAUGGCAAUGCUUUUAAAGAAGAGCAAAAAGAAACGCCAAGUCAAUGCUACUAAGUGGAGGUAGUUGCUGCAGAGAAUUAGAACAAACAAUAUAAUGUCAUGAUUGCUUUGCGAAGAAAGAUGAGUUGUGGAAGUCAAUCUUUCUCCUCAUUUAUUUAUAAGCCAGAAGGGAAGUACUGGAUCAGAUGUAAGAUUGUUCCCGGUCCUUUCCAACCCUGGACAAAACCACCCUUCCAGAGAGGAAACUCUGGUUUUUACCUUUGCCAUUACAGACAUGGAAGUCAAUGUCUGGAUGCAGGCGGUACCUAUUUCAGCUCGAGGAUGAACUUGGUCCAGAAUUACUGCCGUGUCAGGUAGUUACUGUUACUUCUUGUAUCAUAUAUUUAUUCUUACUAUGAAAAAAUAGAAGAUAGGCCCUCACAGAAGAGAAGAGUUAGCUAGAUAUUGUUUUUGUAUAGAGUGAUUGCUAGCAUUCUGCAGAGAUUGUUGCAUUUUAUAUAGCAUUUCUUGCUUCUAAGAAACCUUUGUCUUGAUUUGUGCCUAAAAUUUUGCCAUUUGGGCAUUAUUAAUUAUAUUAAUAGCUCAACUAAAAUGGAGAUUUUGGACGCCUUUGUAUGGUGUUUGACUCUGUAUCGCUCUGCUUUUGUGGAGAGUGCAAUAUUGGAAGGAAAAAUGUUUUAUAAUUUA